AUGGAGAUUGUUGAAUUAAAAGUGGAGAUGGUCUGUAUACAUGAAAAAAGACUAAGGAAGUGCCUCUCAAAAUUAAAAGGGAUAGAGAAAGUGGAAGUGGAUACUAAUUGUCAGAAGGUAGUAGUAACUGGAUACACACACAAAAACAAAAUCCUAAAAGCAGUUAGGAGAGGGGGUCUCAAAGCUGAUUUUUGGUCUCCUCAGAAUGAUUUGCUUAAUGCUUAUGUUAGUGCAAAUUAUGCCAAAUUUAGAUUCAACCCUUUUAGUUUCUUCUAG